AUGACCGGCGUGAGGUACUACAACUACGCAGUAGCCGGUUCUACGUGCUCGCAAAAGGUGGCGACGCAGCCAGCGCGGAUCAUACCCGGAGCGGUACCGAGCGUGCUCGAAUAUGAGAUUCCCGCAUUCGAGGCCGACUUGGCCUUUGCAUCAUUAUAUCCCAACCGACAGCCAAACAACACCGUGUACGCCAUGUGGAUCGGCACCAACGACUUGGGCGUGGAGGGCUUUCUCUUGGACCGAAACAGGCCAGGAACGACGCUCAGUGACCUUGUUGAGUGCGUAUGGGAAUCCUUUGACCGCAUAUACAAGACCGGUGGACGGCGCUUCGUUGUCAUGAACACCGCGCCACUGGAGAAGACGCCACUGUAUGCAAGCUUUGAGAGCGGCGGCGCAGGAGAUAAUCCGGUUUGGCCGACCAAGUCUCAAUACAACACAUCCGAAUACCAGCACAAGAUGUAUCAGUACAGCCGAGCUGUAAAUGAGCUUUUUGAGAGCAUCUCGCCGCUCCAUCUUCUUGUGAAACGACGUUGGCCUGGAGCAAGCGUGACGGUCUUUGAUGCUCAUUCGAUCUUCAACGACAUUCAUGCAGACCCUGGCCGAUAUCUUUCGCCACCGGAGAACGUCGUCUCGUCGUUCAUUACCUCCAUGUUCCAAGGACAGUUUGGCUAUGGCAACGCUGGGCCCCAGUUCAACCCACAGGCAGGGGCCCAGCCUAACCAGCAGCAGCAACAGCAGAUGAUGUUCAACCAACAACAGUUCGCUGGGAUGGCGCCCCAGGGUGGCUUCAACCCCGCUGCGAAUCCUCAAAUGAUGGCUGGUCCCUCGCAAGGCAUGAUGCAGAAUCCUGGCAUGCCCAACAUGACUGCCAAUGGACAAAUGGCAGGAUUUCAGCAGCAAUUCGCCCCUCAGUAUGGGCAAGUACCUCAGAAUUUCCCACAAGGCCAAUACAUGAUGGGCGGCAUGCAGGGCUUUCCAAUGAAUCAACAAGGAAUGACGCCACAGCAAGUUCAACAGAUGAUGCAGCAACGCAUGGCACAGCAGCAGCAGCAACAACACCUUCAGCAACAGCAAGCACAGCAACAGGCCCAGCAGCAGCAGCAACAACAGGCCCAGCAGCAGCAACAUCAACAAGCCCAUCAGCAACAUCAACAGCAACAAGUGCAGCAACAGCAGCAUCAACACCCGCACCACCAACAGCAUCAGCAACACCAAGCCCCUCAAGCGCAGCAGCAUGUCCAGCAGCAGCAACUUCAACCGCACCCGAACCAGCAAAUGCAGCAACAGCACCCUCAACAAGGCAACAUGAGCCAGGUCGGAACCCCGCAAAGACCACCCAGUGCUGUGCAGAACAGCCCGGCUGGACAGAUGCCCGGCCAGCCUCAGUUCUCUCCUCAUCAAAUGGCCCAGGGAAUUCCACAGCAAGGUGCCCAGAUGCAACAACACCCUCAACAGCAUCAGCAGCAAGCGCAACAGCCUGGAGCCAUCGCAACUCCGCAGACACCGACAUUCCCCAACAAUCAGGGACCCAAUGCGGGAACAGCAUCCAACAUCCCUCCGCUGAGUCCGGCCUCGGAAUCGCGGGAAAAGGAGCGGUUUGCGCUGCUACUUGACAUCAACCACGAGUUGUUGUAUGAAGUCAUUCUGCUACAACAGACGCAGACGGAGCUUAAGAAGGAAGCGUCAACUGCAAAUGGCAACGUAGGGGAGAGGAAGCCGACAGAGGAAGAAACUCUGUUCCAACAAGAUUAUGUACACUGUAUGCGCCGCCUACAAGCGAAUCUUUCAUACAUGGCUGCACAGGCCGAUCGCAAAGCCGAAACCAAAGCGCCACCUUAUCCCACCUUCAUGACAGCUCCGCCCUUGAAUCUGUCUCUUCGGCCUCGAGCGCAACCAAUGGCCCCGGAAGGAAGUGAUGCUGCCAAGAUUGACCCUGCGACCGACCGGGAAGAACGAGAUAAAGCUAUCAAAGACCUAUACCGCCGGCUGCAAGCAGCGUAUCCGGGCAUCGAUUUUAAGAAAGAAUCGGCUGCUCGCAUACAACACAGCCAGAAGCUCAGCAACCAGGCCGCUUUCCAAGGAAGCCCGAUCCCGCAGAAGACACCUCAGAUACCGAAUGCACCACCGCCGCAAGUGAGCUAG